UGAUCCGGAGCAACACAGUUGUGCGGUAGAUGGACUGAGUGAGGGAGGGCGCUCUUUCCACCACUGCUGCCGAUAGCAUAGAAAUACCUACCAGCUACAAGGCUCAAAUUGACGAUUUCAGGUUGCCGAAUUAUCAAGAAAAGAAAGUGCCGUCAUUAGUCUUUCACAUCCCACUCCAAACACACUAACACGGCAUUGAUGGUAAUGUAUGCGAGGAAACAACCGAGACUCGGCGAUGGGUGCGACCGAAGAGAUUCUCAGCCCUAUCAGACUCUCAAAUACUCAUCUAAGAGCCAUCCAGGUGGAGAUCACCGACAUGAAAAAAUGCGAGACCACUCAGAUGUCACUCCUCCCUGCAAAGUGCUCCGGAGGUCUGACAGCCCAGAAAACAAACACGGUGACAGCACUGGGCACAGCAGAGCCAAGGCUGUCCAUGCACACAGGGCCAGAGAUCGCGAUGGAGGGACCAGUUAUUCGCCACAUGAAAAUUCUCACAACCACAGUACCCUUCAAAGUUCCAACUCACAUUCAACCCCCAGCAAAACCUCUGACACAACUCACGAACCAGGUGAUGACUGGUCUGAGCACAUCAGCUCAUCUGGGAAGAAAUACUAUUACAACUGCCGAACAGAGGUGUCCCAGUGGGAGAAACCCAAAGAAUGGCUGGAGAGAGAACAGCGACAAAAAGAGGCAACAAAACAGACUGCACUCGUCAACAGUUUCCCCAAGGACAGAGACUAUAGAAGGGAGGCAAUGCAGACAUCGGUGCCUCCUGCAUUUUCAGCAACAAAGUCAGCACAGGCCGAGAAGUCCACAACAACUCAUGUGACCCAGUCGUCAUCUUCUGGGUCGGGGAGUUUAAAUCCCUCAUCGGGCACCCCAGGCACAUCAUCAUCCUCCACAGUCCCUGUAUCCCCAGUGUUGCAGUCACCAGCCCCGCCGCUUCUCCAAGAUCCUACUUUGUUACGCCAGCUUCUUCCAGCACUUCAGACUGCCCUCCAACUUAAUAAUGCCAGUGUGGACAUGGCAAAAAUUAACGAAGUUUUGACAGCUGCUGUCACACAAGCGUCAUUACAGUCGAUGCUUCAUAAGAUACUCACUGCUGGACCAUCAGCUUUCAAUAUUACUACUAUUCUCUCUCAAGCAGCUCAACUCUCCAGCCAAGCAGCUCAGCAGUCGAACCAGUCACCAAUGUCGUUAACGUCAGACGCAUCAUCGCCCAGAUCCUACGUUUCUCCUCGUAUCAGCACACCGCAAACAAAUGCCGGUCCCCUCAAACCCCUCCUCAGCACACAGCCGGUCAUCUCACUCUCAAAGGUGAGCACGCCAACAGUCAAGCAGUCGUCUCAUUCCCAGCAAAUAUCCCAGCAACCCCUCCCUGGUGAUAAGCAGCACACACAUGAUGCUACCACAGCAUCACCACGCAAUCUACAGCGCCAAGGCAGUCAAAGAAGUCCCUCUCCAGGCGGUAACCAUGUUGCACCUGGCAGCAGCAGUAAUGCACCUUCAUCUGCCUCUGCUACACCCACCUCAACAACCCGGCCCUCCUGCUCUUUCACACCCACCCUUGCCGCUCAUUUCAACGAGAAUCUUAUCAAGCAUGUCCAAGGUUGGCCUGCUGAGCACGCAGAGAAACAGGCGUCAAGAUUACGUGAAGAGGCACACACGAUGGGCAGCAUUUGCAUGUCUGAGAACUGCACAGAGCUCAAAAACCUGCGUUCCCUGGUCCGAGUCAGUGAAAUACAAGCCACGUUGCGCGAGCAAAGGAUCCUAUUUCUAAGACAGCAAAUCAAAGAACUUGAAAAGUUGAAGAAUCAGAAUUCCUUCAUGGUCUGAGAACUUUUCACAAAUCGAAGCAGAUUUCGGAGGGGGGUUAAAGAAAAAAGGGUAUAGGUGGAGGAAAACCCAUUGCACAUAGCUGGAAGCCAGAGCAGUUGUUCAGUUCUUCUCGAGCCCCAUCUUAAACACGCGCACACAGGAGCUGUUGUUGGUUCAGUUUUGGACCGUUAGGGCAGUGAAGAACCAAGAGAGAAGGAAAGGAGUGGUUAUUUACAACUCUGCUUUGUUUAAGGAAAAAAAACAAAAACAUCAAAAAAAAAGACCCCAAAAAAUAUAUGUAGAUUUCUUGUAGAUGUUAUCUAUGUUGUAAAUAUGUUUUGUAGAAUGAAGCCAUGGAAAGCCAUGUCUAUCAAAACGUUUCACGUCCAAACUAAUCAGUGCGUAGGCGGCUACGUUCUUUAGUCAGCCUUACCUUCAUGCUUACUCAUCUGCAGCUUCCUGUUGUUCAUUGAUCACAGAAGGAUAUUUGGAGUUGUUCAUUUACACAGAAACACUGGUAUCAUUUUCCUUUCCUUCACAAACCUUGAGGAACUGAUGACUUUUCCUCUUCUACACCCUUGGGGUGAAGUGCACUCAGGCAUGGUGAGACAUCCCUUCCAGCGAAGUCCAACACAACUGCUCCUUACGGUUGGGUGGUGUAUUUGCAGCUUCUGGUCGCCCGCUUGACAAAAUAGUGCCUGGUGGUGUGGUUGUGUGUGAUUCCAUAAGAUUAAACUAGAUUGGAUGUUGCUUUCAUCAUUCCCGCACCCCUCAACUGGCUUCAUCCUGGUCCUAAACACCUCCAAGUUUCCACAGGUUUUGUUUUGAAUAUUUUCCCUUUUCAAGAUGCAGGAUCAUUCCAUUGUACAGUCGAAGUGGACAACAUUCAAAGGGUUUAUUUAUAAAGAAUUGUAGAGAUCUACACUUUGAUUUGCACUCGGUGUAGGAAGGGACAAGAAGCAAACAGGCGUGUUUGAGCUGAGGUUUGUGUGGUAACAAGGUAAAAUGUGAAUUGUAUGUAUGAUAGUAAACAUGUUAAGCUAAAGAGAACCCCAGUUAUUUUAUUUGAGUGUUGGGUUUGGUUUGCUAUGAUGCUAGUGCCUUGUUGAAAGUCUCAUUCGCCUACACUUACCUAUCCUGUUGGCUUUCUUUGACCUUCUGUUUGACUAAAUAAAAGAUAAAAAUAAAAUCCUCAACGAGCAUGUCCCAUCCUUGUUAUUGUUUGCCCUCCACUGUUAAAUCACUGAGUGGUCCCCAAGCUGCAAAUUUGACUUCCACCAUUUCGUCAUCUUAAAGGCUAUGACUCGGCACCACACUUCCCAUUCUUGCUUUGUAUAUUGUUUCCUGAAGUAUAUGACAGAUGUAAUAAAAUAUGUCUCUCCAGGGUCA